AUGGGUUACCAUAGGUCAGGCGAACCAGGGGGAGCAGCGGCGACAGGGUUGGCGGCGUCCGCCACCACUGGCGGCCUGGCCCCGUUGGUUGGCCCCCCGGUUGGGGGUCCGGCUGCACCUGUUGUGCCACCGACUGCUCUUGUGGCGCAGCAGUCUCGCCCGCCGUCACCCAGCCGGCGCCCAUCUCGCCCUCAUUCUCCCGCUCCCCAGCAGGAUCGUCAAUCCUCUCGGCGCCGGCGCAAUUCUCCCCGUCGCCCGCAUCAGCAGGCCCAGUGGCACGCGAACCACGGCGGCCGCGGUGGCUGGUGGGGUCCCCGCGGUCGCGGAGGUGGUGGGGCGUACGAUCCGCCCGUGAGGAUGGCGGAUCUGCAGCGGGCGGUGUCAACUGCGGUGCGUGAGGAGAGGGCCGCCCUGACCCAAGGCAGCUCUCACGCUGUCGUGGCACGUGCUGCUCCUCGCCAGGCUGAACUUCCUGUGGGCCCGCCGCCGGCUGCACCUGUCCCUCAUCAGAGUCCGGCCCCGUCGGCUCCCGCUGUUGCUGCCUCUGCUCCUGUUCCUGGGUCUCGGCUUCGUCUCCCGCCCGUUCCGCCUGUGGCGGGAGUUGAAUUUAUGGCUGCGGGAGUGGGAGCGCAGUACCCUCAUCCCGGAGUUGGCGGUUCAGCAGCUCCUUCCCGCGAGGAGCCGUUUCAGUUUCUCGCCCAGCUCUUCCGCCUCGCGGAGCGCUUCCAUGCUCUGCUCCUGAUACAGGUUCUCGCGCAUUCGUCUCUUCCUGCAAUUCCCCCUGAGACGUUCCAGGAUCGCCACCGUGAGUCGUGCCUGGACGCAGCCGACCAGCUCGCAGUGCUGCUGGUGCCCGUGCUGGCUGCGCCCGUAGAGGGUGGAGUUGCGGCUGCUGGGCAGCUCGAUUAG